UUCACACUAUCCAUGCCGAGUAUGACACUAUUGAUUUCUAUCACCUUAUAAUUUCACAGCUACAGAGCAGCAGGUUGUCUUUUACAACUGAAGGAAUAGGAUGUGAAUCAAUGACAAAUUAGAAGUGAGCUAUAAAUAUUCGUCAUGUGGUGUAACUUCAGGGUUUGAGUGGUGUGCACAUGUCCGCAACGAAUGCUUCAGAGUGGUAUAGAAAUGACGGAAAUCGAGGAUAAAGAGGACGAUAGUAUCUUGAGAAAUACGACGAUACAGAGCCAUGAAGAAUUGAUAGAACACGUGACUUUAAUACGUCAUCCUAAAACGCAAGGGAGCUUAGACGAUGUUACUGAAAAAGAAUAUGAUGACGGCAAGUGUGGAAAUAUAGAAAACUGCAAGUGUACACAUGCUAAUUUAUUAAACUAUCUCUUAGCUUUGUUUCCAAUUUUUGGCGUUUUACGUCGCUAUGACGUCAAAGAGUAUCUGAUCAAAGAUGUCGUUAGUGGACUAUCCGUGGCUUGCCUUCAUUUUCCCCAAGGAAUGGCGUUUGGGAUACUCGCAUCCCUUGCGCCAAAGUAUGGACUUUACACUUCAUUCUAUCCUGUUAUUUUGUAUGUGAUUUUUGGAACUUGCCCAACAGUAUCGUUUGGAACAAACGCUGUGAUAGCCUUAUUCACGGCAAAUCUUGUUCAAAGUCAUGUAACGUUACCUUCUUGGAGUGGUGGCAGCACCAAUAGUUCCAACGGCAGCACUGAGUCUGCGCAAAUACACGAGGAGCACUUCCUGGAAGCCAAGGCGGCUGUCGCAGCAGGUUCUUCUUUCAUAGUGGGGAUCUUGCUUCUAGCAUGGGGAUUGUUAAGAUUUGGUUUUAUAGCAUCAUACAUGUCAACCCCAUUUAUAGGGUCUUUUACGACCACUGCCACCAUUCAUAUUAUCACGAGUCAAAUUCCGAAGAGCAUUGGAGUUCGGAUACCAUCGGUCGCUGGCCCGGGGAAAUUAGUGAAAACGUACAUCGAAAUCUUUAAAAAUAUAAACACUGUUAAUGUAGGUUCCAUUCUCACAUCGAUAAUUUGUAUCAUAAUUCUAAUAUUCUUCAAAGACUUUAUAAAUGAAAAGUUUAAAUCAAAACUGUACAUGCCGAUUCCAAUAGAUCUUAUAUUAGUGAUUUGUGGAACUAUUGUAUCGUACUUUGGGAACCUAAAAUCUAAAUUCGAAAUACCAGUUGUAGGCGAAAUCUCUCUAGGAAUCCCACCUCCUACUCUUCCUGACAUAACAACUGGUAUUAUAGGAGAUUCUGUCGUGAUUGCCAUCAUAGUGUUCGUUUUGACCAUUUCCAUGGCCAAAGUCUGCGAGAGUAAGAGCACCAUCAAUGCCGACCAGGAACUGGUAGCGUACGGAAUGUCCAACUUUGGUGGUUCCUUUUUCAGGUGCUUUCCUUCCUGUGUAGCACCACCUCGUACAAUUUUACUGAACACAAUGGGGACCAAAACCACAUUAAAUGGACUAUUCUCAGCUGUCGUUAUAUUGCUUAUUUUAUUGUUUUUAGGAGAGUACUUUCAAUACCUACCAUUGCCCAUUUUGUCUAUAAUGGUCAUCAUGGCAGUUAAGAAUCUGCUUCUUCAGUUCCGCCAGUUACCACGGCUAUGGAAGAUAAACAAAUAUGAUUUUACCGUUUGGGUAGCCACAAUAAUGUGUGGAGUCUUUAUUGAUUUUCCUUAUGCUUUAUACUGUGGAGUUGGACUAAGUAUUUUCUUGGUCGUGUUUCAAAGCCAGAAAGGAAAAGUGGGUUUGUUUGGGAAAGUGGUGAACGAAGAUUUGUAUGUUGAAGAGUCAAAAUACACAGUUCUUCCGUCAAAUGUGAAGGUAUUUAAAAUGGAAUCGUCCCUUUUCUUUGCAACAGCGGAGUCUUUUCGUGAAAAUUUAUACAAACUGGCCGGAGAUCCAAGGAAAAUGAAGAAAAGCUCGGAAGAGGUGUCAAUUUCUGUGGACGAAAGACCUCCUAGGGAAAGUAGGAAAAACAAAACUUCCUCCUGUGGCAACCUCGAAGACAGACUAUGUGAAGGGGACAUACACACCGAGACGAAGUAUGUUGUCAUUGACUGUUCGUCUUUCAAUUAUGUGGACAGUAAUGGAGUUUCCAUAAUGUCGCUAGUUGUCAUGGAAUACCGGUCAGUUGGGAUUAAAGUUCUAUUGGUCAGGUGCAGCACAAACUUUCUGGGAGUGAUGUCGAGGUCAGAGUUGAUGAAGACGGUCGGGGAAGAAAACGUGUUUCCGGAUAUAGUGGACGCUUUGCAUCUUGCUAUAUCAGAUGAAUGAUGUAGUUUAGCGGUCCUUUUACUGAUUUCAUAAAAUGAUGAUAUGAUAUUCAA